AUGGGUGUAUUUAAUUGCCCUCUUGACGUCACAAGUUGGAAUCUGGCAUCACAAAGAUUACAGUGUGUUGUACCUAACUACUAUCACUGUCUUCUGAAUGAAAAUGACCACGCAACAGAGCAGUGCCUCAGCAGGGUUUGGAUUCAAAAAGAUAUGUGCCCUGAGUACAAUUCCAAGGCAGGAAGGAUCGAUGCUACAGCUUGUAUAUCUGAUGGCUGUCCAAACAAGACAUUCUGGUCCAACAAAGUCUAUGAAUUUUCAUUAUGCCUCGAUAGGACUGGAAUGACAAGCACGGUCAGUUUUCAAUCCACGGCCACUACAGAAGCCGACCUUCAAGGCUCCACCACUCUCACUAUAAUUAUUGCUGCUGUCGUAUUCAUAGUACUUCUAAUAACCAUCAUCUUAGCUGUGAUAUGUAUUGUGUUAAAGAGGAGAAAACAUGAAGGUAACUACUUUAAAAAGAAGAUCUUUUCAAAUUGA